AUUCAUAUUGUCGAUUGAAAAAAGGUGGAGAUGUUUUGAUGCAUUUAGAUUUUGUUGCCGAUAAAGCAUUCGAAUCGGUAAAAUUGAAAAUUUUUGGUGAAAUAGCUCGUAUUAAGAUUCCAUUUCAUAUUACACCAGAUGAAGCAUGCGGUAAUUAUGGCCUAAAAUGUCCAUUAGUCCCUGGUCAAACAAAUCGAUUCAAUCUUUCAUUGCCAAUAAAAUCGAUUUAUCCGUCAAUUCCGGUAAACGUAAAUUUGAAUUUGAUGGCAGGUGAUACUGAUGAUAAAAUUGUUUGCAUACGUUUCAAAGCAAAAAUCUCAAAUUGAUCAUAAAAUUUUCCAAAUACACAAAAAAAUGUAUAAAUUUUUUUAAAAAUCUUCACACAAU